AUGGCGUUUGUCUAUUCUCAGUUAUUCGUCCGUCCGACGUAUCCCACCCGGUCCUUCGACGGCCAGACAGUGCUCGUCACCGGUGCCAACGUGGGCCUAGGCAUGGAAGCUGCCCGCCAUCUGGUAAGGCUGGGUGCAGCUCGCGUGAUUAUGGGAGUGCGCAAUGUGCCAGCCGGACAGGCUGCGAAGGAGCAAAUUGAGACCUCGACGGGCCGCCCUGGCGUCUGCGAAGUAUGGGAGGUGGAUCUUGCUUCCUACAGCUCGACCUUGGCCUUCGGCGAUCGCAUCGCGCAGCUCCCCCGACUUGAUGGUGCAGUCCUCAAUGCAGCUGUGGCAACCCGGACCUUCCAACUUGCUGAGGGUCAUGAACGUACGAUCACGGUGAACGUGAUCAACACCCUCCUUCUCGGUCUUCUCAUUCUCCCCCGGCUCAAGGCCACCGGCCAAGAAUUCCCCAUGAUCCGGCCCCGUCUAUCCUUUGUGGUCAGCGGAGUGCACGCAUGGGCAGAGUUUACAGAGUGGAAGGACACGGAUACACCCAUGCAGCUCGUUUCUGAUCCCUCCCAGGCCAGGAUGCAAGAGCGAUACCCGCUAUCCAAGCUGCUUCAGGUGCUGCUCGUCCAAGAGCUAGCUGGACGGGUUCGCGGCUCAGAUGUGAUUAUCACCAUGGUUGACCCAGGUCUUUGCCAUUCGUCACUUGCACGCGAGGCGGGGUGGCAGCUCUACGUGAUGAAGCUCGUGCUGGCGCGAUCGACAGAAGUGGGAGCUCGCACACUGAUUGCCGGCAUCGCCACUGGCCUCGAGGGCCAUGGCGCCUACAUGACCGGUGGUUCGGUAGACAAUACUAGCCUGUCUCCCUUUGUGCGCAGCGAUGAGGGAGACCUAGCUCGGGGAAAGCUCUGGAAGGAGCUGUUGGAGAUUCUCGAGCCUAUCCGAUCUGGGAUUAUGCAGAAUAUCUGA